AAAUCAACAAUCAUCGUUUUCAAUGUAUAAAAAUUAAUAAAACUAACUAAAAAUAACAUAUCUUUUUUUUCCCAUUGAUGUUCCAUUUCUCACCUCCGUCUAAGUCGACUGCAUUCUUCACCAACCGGUCAAAGAAAUAUCACACCAUAAUUCACUCUGGCUCUUAAGGUAUCCAUAUAGAAACCCCCUCGUACCCCUCUCUCUCUCUCUCGUUCACCCACACACACACACACAUGGCGUCCUUCUUCUGUUCUAUGAAAUUUUUAUUGCUUCUAUUGCUCGUAUCAGCUAUUCCCAUCGCCUUCAUUAUACACCUCGAAACAGCCAAGCCAACCACCCAUGUGUACGAGUACCACAGCAAUGGGUGGCUCAGGGAGUGCGGCAAGUGGGACGAUCUUAACAGUCGCUUCCUCGUCUCUUUCUUCGAGGGCGGUAUAGGUCAGGUUUCGCUCCCCAGCGACUACUCACCGGGAACCGUCUUGGAGGAAGUUCCGCUAGUCAAAGACGUUGACUUGGCGGGAAACGCCUCGCUCGGCUUCACCAUCGACCGGCCAAGGAAUCGGCUAGUGUUGGCCGUCUCCGACGUGAUUGGUAAUCGGUACAGUGCUGUUGCGGCCUACGAUUUGACCAAUUGGAACCGAUUGUUUCUCACUCAACUCAGUGGCCCAGGGGAUGACAAAUCCUUUGCAGAUGAUGCAGUGGUUGAUGCAGAAGGUAAUUCAUAUAUCACUGAUAUCAAAGGGAGUAAAAUUUGGAAGGUGGGAGCAAAUGGAGAAUUCCUGUAUGUCAUAAGAAGCCCACUCUUCACUCCGAAAGAGUGGUACAAAAGCAUAGUUGGAGUCAAUGGAAUCGUCUACCAUCCCAAUGGAUACUUACUAGUCCUUCAUACUUUUUCUGGCGAUUUAUUUAAGAUCAGGAUAGAGAAGGGAGAUGAAAUUAAGGUAGUUAAUGUAGUGGGAGGUGGUUCACUGAGAUUUGGGGAUGGGAUUGAGCUCUUGUCUUCGACUAAGCUUGUAGUUGCAGGGAAUCCUACCAAAUUGGUUGAGAGCUCUGAUGACUGGAAGACAGCUACCAUUGUUGGCAAGUUCCAGGGGCCGAUGCAUCGGUUGACCACAGCAGCAACAGUAAAGGAUGGCAAGGUGUAUUUGAACCACAUAAUUGGUUUGGGAUACCCUAGGAAAAAGCAUGCCAUAGUUGAGGCAGAUUUUACAUCAUAGGAUGAGGGACAAACCAAUUUCAAUUCGAUCUGACGGGUCCAUCUUUUCUUUCCCUUUUUUUUUCUUCCCUUUUUGCCUCUGUUGAGGAUGAUCAAUGUGUGUUGUAUGUGGAUUUUGUAUUGGUAUGUAUCAAUAAAGAACAUUGUUUAUGUUUAGGAAAGAAACUGGUUCUUCCUUCGCUAUAGUGAGGUUGGAGAAUAUCUGAAACUCAUGUAGCUUAAUGAAUAAUAAUACAUAUUUCCGUUUCAAACUCAAAAUCUGCAUAUAGCCGGUUGUAAC